AUGAUUGUGAUAGGGUUGCAUGUGCGACCCGAGGAGUCUCAGGCCGUGCUGUUCACCUCGGAGAGCAGGUCGUCAACUACAGAAACCAUCCAGGCAGAGGUCUCCCUGGAGAUGAAGAGACAACUGGAGGAGACUCAGAACGGAGACGUGCAGACUGAGAGCGAGGCUGCAGGUGAUGCUGACCUUGAGGGGACAGCAGACAGCACAACCCAGCCUGCCAAAACACUGAAGGUCGCCCCUGCCGGCGCAGAGGGGGAAACCCCGACAGCAGGACCAUCCACCCCCACAGAGCCAGCAGCACCCGCACAGAAACCUGGGAAAACAGCAGCAAAAGACACGCCCCAGCCGAAGACCCCUGAGGAGAAGAAGCAGGCCAGACUGCGGCAGAUGUGGCGGGGACUGCGCUUCUCCGUCAGUCUGCUCAAGGGGCACGAGGACGUGGUGACCUCCGUCAGCGCCGAUGGGUCACUACUGGUCACCGGCAGCCGAGACACGACAGUGAAGGUGUGGGACAUGAAGAAAGCUACAGAGAAGCGAAGUCUGGGCGGGCACACGGGGACUGUCACCUCUGUCAUCCUGCUGUCACCCGACGAGAGCAGACGACUCAGUCUCCUUUAUGAUCUGUUUUCUGAUUGGUCAGAGAAAGACAGGCUAGUAAUCAGUGGUUCAACAGACUGCUCCAUCCGACUGUGGUCCAUCGGACGAGGUUGUGACUUCAGGUCCAUCUACACCUACAGCUCUGUCCAAAGUCUUUGCUACUCUGAGGAGGAAGGACUCAUCAUCUCAGGGUCAGAUGGAGGGAAGAUUCAGGUCUGGGACUCGGAGAGCAGAAGUAACGUUCAGUCCAUCCGGGGGCACAACACAUCUGUCACCUGUCUACAGGUGGAGGGAACCCACGUGGUGAGUGUGUGCGAGGAAGGCAUCGUGAAGGUUUGGGAGAUCCGCGACCAGAACCUGCAUGUGGUCUACGUGAACGAGAGUGUGAAACUCGACCCCCCGGGCCCGCUGAAGGCGAGACCCAUCCUCUCGCUCGCGUACGCCAACAACAAGAUUUACUACGGAGACGACGGAACCAACAUUAAAGUCCUGGACUGGAAGUCUGGUAAGCUGUCCUGUGGGCAUGCCAUAUAGCAAUAACUCAUUGCA